GGUGGAUGUGAGUGUAGGUGUCUGAAUAAACAACAAAUAUUAAUAUACCUAAGUAGAGUUCAUACGCUGGACUAUUGCGGAAAUCGUCCAACAUCUUCAUUGCACAUAAGAACAUAUAACAUACUCAAUGCAUGCCAGGUUGGUCGGAAACUGCCACAGACAAUGAUGCUGUAAACAAAGAUUCAAACGGUUUAGCUGAUUUCGAUUUACGAGCGUGUUUCUUCUGCUACACUUGUAUACUGGCGACGUAUGCAACAAGCGCAGCUUGGCAAGCGCACGGUCUCCGACAGCUGUUCCAGAUACAGCUAACACAAUGUCGGACAGCACCGGCGUGAAUAUGGAGGCCGAUACCAGAGCUGCUGGCACGAGCAGUUUCAGUGGGAAGGAGGGCUCCUACAUACGCACAAUAGAGUGGGACAUGAUGAACAAGACCAAGUUCUUUCCACUUUCCAUGUUGAGCUCAUUCUCGGUGCGAUGUUGCUUGUUUCCACUGACUGUGAUCAAGACUCAGCUGCAGGUGCAGCAUAAGAGCGAUAUAUAUAAGGGCAUGAUUGAUUGUGCCAUGAAAAUCUACCGCUCUGAGGGCGUUCCUGGUCUAUAUCGUGGCUUCUGGAUAUCUUCAGUGCAGAUCGUAUCGGGCGUGUUUUACAUCAGCACCUACGAGGGUGUACGACACAUACUCAGCGAUUUGGGUGCUGGUCACCGUGUCAAAGCUUUAAUUGGUGGUGGCUGUGCGUCGCUCGUUGGCCAGACUAUCAUAGUUCCUUUUGACGUUAUAUCACAGCACGCCAUGGUACUCGGAAUGUCGGCUCAUGCCGGCGCGAAAGCUGAUAUAAAUCCUUUGGGUAUUAAAUCAUGGCCUGGUCGCAGCCGCUUGCAUAUAUCUAUGGACAUAGGGCGUGAGAUAAUGCGCCGUGAUGGAUUUCGCGGCUUUUACAGAGGAUACACUGCCAGCCUAAUGGCCUAUGUCCCCAACUCUGCUAUGUGGUGGGCGUUUUACCAUCUAUAUCAGGACGAACUGUAUCGUAUAUGUCCCAACUGGGUCUCUCAUCUUUUUAUCCAAUGUGUGGCCGGCAGUUUAGGUGGCUUUACAACGACAAUACUAACUAAUCCAUUGGACAUAGUACGGGCACGCCUUCAGGUGCAUCGUCUAGACUCAAUGGGUGUUGCUUUCCGCGAAUUGUGGCAUGAAGAGAAACUCAACUGCUUCUUUAAAGGCUUAUCCGCACGCCUGGUGCAGUCGGCAGCCUUCUCGUUCAGCAUUAUACUAGGCUAUGAGACCAUCAAACGGAUUGCCAUAGACGAGCAAUACAAGCAUCAAAUACGCUGGUAACGGAACGCACAACUCUAAAGAAAACCAAAUAAAAUCGCAUUUGCAUUUACGCAACGUACUGAGGAACCACCAGAGAUUUGUUGCUGAGCCAGCUGGAGCGCAUCAUGUGCUCCACUUUUGUAAAUAACUGACGAGAAUAGUAAAAGGCACAGGUUAAUUAGCUAAAUUAAUAACAAUGAUAAUUUUUGUUAGGGCGUUUAAAUGUAUCUUACAAAUAGAAAAACAAAAUUGUUACGCUCUGCAAUGUUUACGUACAUAACUAAUACAAUUUAACUUAAAAAUACUUAAAGUGUUAUAGCUUAAAGUGUACAUUUUUUGUUAUAGUGAUUUUUACAUUAUACUACCAGAGGCAAUGGAAAGCAGCUUAAAAGCAGAAAAUUUAGCACGCGUAUAUAUAAUAACAGACUUGUACAUUAUUAAUUUAAGUAUGUAAUUGAUGAUGAUGUUGAUAAUAAUGUUACAAUAAUACUUUUAUAAAGCCAAACUGGACAUUCUAAUUCUAGUACUUACCUAGCUGU